AUGGACGACGAUGACUCGAGCAACCUUCAGCCAUGGGCGAGGGCUACCACUAUUUCCGUCACGGUGCUGGCAUUCGUGGCUGUCUGUCUUCGCAUACUGGCUCGCUUUGAACGCAAACAGAAGUUGUGGUGGGACGAUUGGAUGAUUGUGUGGUCGAUGGGCUGGAAUCUCGUGGUCGUCGGCUUCAUCUUUGCAAUGAUCCAUGAAGGAAUGGGUCUUCAUGCCGAUACACUACACCCGAACAGCGUUGUCAUGAUCGCGAAAUAUCUUCUCGUUGCCGAAAUCUUAUAUGUGUUCAACCUGGUGUGGACCAAACUUAGUAUACUCCUGAUGUACUAUCGGAUCUUUCGGUUUGGGUACUUCAAACUCUGGGCGUACAUCAUCGGCGGUUUCAUCAUCUGCUGGGUCAUCUGCAUCACGUUCUUGUUUGUUUUUAUCUGCGUGCCUGUUCAGAAGCUCUGGUAUCCUUAUCUCGAGGGCCGGUGCAUCAACCAGGUCGGCACUUGGAUUGCCAACGCAGUUUCCACUAUUGUCACGGAUCUGGUCAUCCUGGCUCUUCCGAUUCCCCAGAUAUGGAGCUUGCAGCUGCGAAGUUCGGAGAAGAUGGCCGUCACGCUUGCCUUUGGACUGGGAUUCUUCGUCGUCUUCGCCUCUGCCUACCGCUUCUCGGUCCUUUUCUCCUACUCCGUGGCCGACUCAUCCUACACCCUCGCCCCAACCGUCGGCUGGACCGCCAUCGAGAUGUCGGCCGGCAUCAUAUCCGCUUGUCUCCCCACCCUACGACCGGCCCUUCAGCUGGCCGCUCGUCUCCUCCGGAUCAAGGGCAAGCUGCCGGCGCUUCUCCGCAGUCGCACCAUGCCAUUCUCCAAGGGCAGCCAGUCCGAUCCCCUCAACGUGCUCCCAUCCACCAUGGACAACAAGAAUCCGCCCAGCACUGCGACAGAACACCACGGCAAGCCGCCGAAUCGGCAUUCCUUCUACCACCUCCCGGAUGAUUCGGACGAGGGGUGUUUGCAGAGACAGCUGGACGCGGCGCUCCGACCGGGCUACGACCAUGGGCAUAUGGUGACCAACGUGUUGAGUCCCAGCCUCAAGCCGGCUCACAACGGCAAGUCGGAUAGUCUGAGUGGCGAUGAGAUUCCAUUGCAUGGGAUCCGCGUGCAGACGGACUUCACGCAGGCGAUGGCACAUAAGUAG